AAAAGACGUGGGAUACCGUGAGGCAUACGCAGUCGCUAAGCGAGUAGUCUCUCUCGCGGAGAUAUCAACGACCGGGAAGAACAGGAACCACAACUGCUGCAAUGACUACCGCUGGAAGCUGGAUACCAGCCACAGCGCUCUUCCUAUUUGCUACUGUAGUGUCAGUUUAUGGUCAGCGCAUCACUACCAUUCAACUGGAUGGAGUUCAGUACUUCAUAAGCCGCAUGAACCCCUAUUCGCCUGAGCUCAACUACUUCUUGGCCUACCAAUACUGUCGUUCCAUUGGACUUCAACUGUCUUCUUUCGAAUCCAAAGAGAAAGCGGACUCCAUGACACAGUACCUCCUUAAUGCAGGUUACAACGGUCACGACUAUUGGACGUCAGGGAACCGACUAGGCACAGACAUGCUCAUCUGGAUGAGCUCCGGUCUUACUUUCAACGCUACAUUCGAUUACAUGAGGAAAGUGCCUAGCAACGACCUAGACACCAGCACCAGUGGCUCUACAGGUGAAGACUCUACAGAGACUGGCCCCAGCUCGUCUAUAAAACCUGUCUCUGCUAGACGGGCUCGCCAUAGACAAGGUCGAGAUGACGGCCUGAAGAAUGGAUGUGUGGCACUCAAGGCACCAGACUUGGAGUGGGAUACAGAUGACUGUGAAGAAAAUAAGGACUUCAUCUGUGAGCAAACGAGAUGCUAUUAUUACAACUACGGCUCUAUUCCAGUAUCCACAUCUCAGGGAAACAGCAGGGCCUACAAACCAACAAAAACGACAACAACGGCAAAAACAACAGCAACAACAACAGCAGGAGAAACAGAUUCCACAAUCAUAACUCCUGUACCAAUUUUAGACAACAGUAAUACCCCUUUGGGGCCACUCUUGAAUUUCACAAUCAACCGUCGUAUAACAUUAAGACCCGUUGCACGUGAUGUCCAGUCUCUACACCAGACUUCAACACCAACUUCUGCUGCUGACCUGCCACUUGGAGAGAGCCCAGCAGCCAGAGCCGCACCUGACAGAGACACUGACAACGUGGUAUAUGUAACAGCAAUUGGCGCAAGCAGUGAUCAGCAAGCUAUUGCCUUUGUCAAUAUGAAUGCUGGUUUCAAGAGUGAUCAAGUCUCAAAUGAGGAAAUCAUAACAAAGAAAGCAAAUGACAAUUCUAAUGCUGGAAGUCUGUAUGAAGAUGAUGAUCUGUCAACAGUGACUGACAUAACCACAUCAAAAAUAAAGCACUAGACAGAUAAAUAUGGUGAGGUUGAAGCUUCUGUUAGUUUUAGUUAUAUUUUUGCACCAAUUACCUACAUCUUACUGAGAAGCCAUGUGCUUAGGCUGAACAAUAAUUGGUAGACUAUUUCUUAAAAAUUAAAUAGUAUUUACUGCAAUGGACCAUAAGUACAACCAACAAAAGAAGUGAUGCCAAUUCCAUAUACCGUAUUUAUGCAUGUAUAGGCUGCGUACGUGUAUAGGCCACAGCACAAUUUUCAGACAGAAAUUAUAGA